AUGCCGCCCAGACGCUCAGCUAAGCAAUCCACAGGGUUGAGCCAGGCAAGUAGCCGCCCGGAAAGCCCGACACUCUCAUUCCAGACCAGGCGCCCCACCACCGGAGGAGCCAAGGCUGUCGCCAAGUCUCUGAACAAUGCCCCUUCUGUGCGCAAGGUGGGCUCGGUUUCCUCCCUGUCCUCUGUCGAGCGGGCCUCCACCCCCAAGGAUGAGGAGAAGCCUCAGGAGGUGAUCAAGGUCGCCGACGAUGUUCGCGAGGCCCUCGACCCCAACGGCAAGGAGUGGAACAAGCUCUACGAUGAGGCCAAGCGGGCCAUGGACACUGCGAAGCCCAUUCACAGCGGCCCAGAGACCACCAAGGUUCACCACAUUCUUAGGGUCUUUGACAUGACGUCCAAGUACGGCCCCUGCGUCGGGAUGACCCGCCUCGAGCGCUGGGAGCGGGCCAAGAAGUGGGGACUGAACCCACCAGAGGAGGUCAAGGCCAUUCUCCUCACCCAGCAGGGCGAGGACGACACUUCGUACCGUCAGAGCGUCCUCUAUGGUUGGGUGUAACGAGCAGAAAGGUAGACGAGCGUGUGGAGGUGUAUCGUUGUAGCAUUUAUUUUCGACAUCCGAAGCGAGGAUAGGAAAGAUCCAUAGAUUUAUUUGUAUAUACCAGGUGUGUUCCGCAGUUCUCCUAGGCUUGCCAACUGCCAAGACUUGGAAGGAGGGCCGAGAUGUGAGUUGUGUGGGAGGAACACCGAGGAGAGGACCGAAGGAGGCCGACGAGCAAGCUGUGGGGAAUGGGGAGGAGUGGACGGGGGUUGUGGGGAAGCCAGGUAUACCAGGUACAAGUGGCUGGCCAUGGCGGGCACGAUGUGUCACCACCACGGUCGCCUGUGCGGUUUUCGGUGGGCAACAAUCCGUGUCGGCGUCGCAUCACUGGCAAGGGCUGCAAGGGCUGCUGUUUGGUGACCGAGUCAACAGUCAAACCCUCGUCUACC